AUGAAGUCACCAGAGCCAGAGCGGUCAAGGCCCCGUGGUCCACACACACCUGAGGAGGAAUAUCCACAUGAGGUGGAGGAUAUGGAUGAGGAGGAGGAUGAAGAGGAGGAAGAGGACCAUGUCACAUCCUCCCACGAGGGGCUUGCUGAAGGCAGUGACGCCCACAGUGGCGACUCGGACGUAUCUGUCGAGGAGGAGGACAGCGAAUCUGAUUCUGAUUCAGGAAGUGGCAGUAGUAACUCCAACAUUGGUAGCGAGGACAGCCACCAAAAACACAGUGACAUGGAAGACGACUCCCAUCAUCAGGAUCCCAUGAAAGAUAAUUUAAGGUCAAUAUUUGAUGAUGAUGAGGAAGAUGAAGAGUCGGACCCUGAGAGCGCUGCAUCCUCCGCGCACGUGUCGGAACAGCACCAGGAUGAACGAAUGUACCUACAAGACACGCCCCCGCAGUCUCCCGUGGAGCUGGCACCGGACCUCCCGCCAUACCUCCCCGCAAUCCAGGGCUGUCGUAAUGUUGAAGAGUUCCACUGUCUUAAUCGCAUCGAAGAAGGAACUUAUGGUGUUGUGUAUAGGGCAAGGGACAAAAAGACAGGAUCCUCACGUAGUGGCCAUGGUUACAGUCGUGAGCCACAGAGAUCCAGAAAACAGGAUAUGAGGGAGCGAGAGGUCAGAGAUACAAGGGAUAGUUAUCGCGAAUCUAAAGAGAAGGAACGAGAGCGUCGAGUCAAGGAGGAAGAGAAGAGGCAAAAAUCUCGUAUAGAGAGAGAAAGGUUGGAAAGAUUGGAGAGAGAAAAGGAAAGAGACAGAAUAAGAGAAACAAGGGAGCGUAAAGAAUUAGAAAGACGAAAACAAAGAGGAGGAGGAACGAGAAAAAGCAAGAGCAGAGGCUCUAUACAGACGUGA